CAAAACACUUUUACCAGUCCCGAAACAAAUUUACAAACGACAGAUUCGUCACGGAAAGGGAAUGUACCAUAUACCGGAAGUGACGAGCGUGGUCUUUUCGUGUUUUUGUUGUGGAGUUUAUGGCGUCAAAGAAGUUUAUGGUGACCGCCCGAACAUGGACUGCGGCCGAGGGAUGUUUUGCCCGUUUUGUGGCAAACACAUGAACAGCUUAACGCGGUUUUGCUUUACGUGUGGUCGGUGUUUGGAGUUUUUAAAGGACGCGGACAAGACGGAAACAUUGGAAACACAGGGGACGUCUCGACAGCCGGACAGUGCUAUGCAAAAACAACCAUGCCCAUCAUACAAACAGUUCAUGGAGUACAGAAGCUCGAAAUCAAAAGAACGACAGUCUUUUAACUAUGGGCCAAAAGGAAGAUAUAGGCCUAAAGAAAGAAAACACGUCCAGAUAAACGUAGGAUUGAUGGUGCCAAGUGGAACUGAUUUAAAACCUCUAAGAGGGAAAACACUACAGUUAUUUACAGACCCAGAGGUAGCAGCACCUGAUCUACUGAAACAAGCUGUCCAGAAAAUGACAACAUUUAACAAGGACAUGCACGAAGGACCUUAUGUCCUUUUGUAUCCAGACUGCUCAGAGGUGGUUCAUGUGCCUGGGUCAGAAAGGCCAUUCAAAUUGGCAGAAUAUAAAAAGGAAAUAGGAAAGGCAUAUUCCAGGAUCACUUUUUUCAUUUGCCUAGAAAAACACUAUAAAAGAGUGGAUGAUACCUCAGACUCUGAUUCUGAAAUUGUCAUCACAACAAGGAGCACAGCUGAACUCAAUCGUGCUGACGCUUUGGUUUUUGAACCACAAAAUCGAAGUACUCCCAAACACAAGCUGGACGAUGAAAGAGAUGCACCAGGACAAUCAACAAUUCAGCCUGGACAGAUAGUAAUAUCUGAUGCUGAGGAUCUGGAUCCACCGGAAGCAAAUCCAGAGAAAAUGUCUUGCUACAGUAAAUACACAGACCUGUAUUCACCAAAUGUUGAGCAGGAGGACGAAGAGCCGGUUGCUGUCAAUGUGAAGAAUUUCCAACACACAGCAAUGGAGGAGACGGACAUUGCAUUACCUGACAUCGUAGCAAACCUGUCUCUUCCUAUUGAUCAUAAAAAAGUCAGCCGGUUUUACAUCUCAAGGGAUAAUGUUUGGGAUGGGGCAGUCAGAGGUUUCAAGCGUACAACAUAUUCUGAAACCUGUGACAUGCUGGUGAAAUUUACUGAUGAUACUGGUGUUCUGGAAGAGGGAAUUGACACUGGUGGUCCAAGACGAGAGUUUUUAACUCUACUGAUGAAACACCUAAAAGACCGGCCCAUUUUUGAUGGACCAGAAGGACAUCGGUUCUUGGUCUACAAUGCAAAGGCUGUUAGGGAGGAUGAAUACUACUUGGCAGGAAAGAUGAUUGCUGUGUCAGUUGUGCAUGGAGGUCCAGGACCCCAUUUCCUGUCAGAAGAUCUUGUACAUUAUCUUGCAGGCCAGCCUUCAUUCAAAGCAACAAAUAAUUUAAUAACUGAUGAAGAAAUAGGGAAAGAUUUGCAAGAGAUUGAGAAUGCUGCUUCAUUGGAUGCUCUGCAGGAAUGUAUGAUGAGACACAGCACAAUGUUACAGACAGCAGGUUGUCUGAGACAUGUGGCUACUGUGGAAGAAAAUAAAGAAAUCGUGUCAGACUACCUCCAAUGGUAUAUCAUUGACCGCAACUCAUCUGUAAUUGACAGAUUCAGAGAUGGUCUUUCAACCCUGGAGUUUUUGACUGCACUACAGCAACACCCUACUUUGAUGGCCCCUGUCAUGUGCCACUCUGAAAGGCGACUCACUGCUUUUGAACUUGAGAGACUCUUCAAACAUGACAUCAGUCCUUCGGGGAGUAAUCGAAGACUUAAAGAAAGUCAAACCAUGGCCUACUGGGCAGACUAUCUCCUUGAUUGUGAAGAAGGCCAGGCUGCUGUGUCUGUGGAAGAUGUUUUGAUGUUUGCUACUGGGCUGUCUUCACUUCCCCCAUCUGGCUUGGAACCACUGCCUCAAAUAGAGUUCCUGGAGGACUCUGCGUUCCCAAUGGCAAAUACAUGUUCAAACUCCUUGAGAUUACCACUCCUAGACUCAUACACUUUGUUUAAGUCACAAAUGGACUUUGGAAUUCAAAAUAGUCCAGGAUUCGGCUGUUUCUAAGCUAUAUGAUGGAUGACCCCUAGAGUUAAGACUCUGAAAAAGUUGUUGUUGUUAAAGGUUAGGGUUGGGCAUCAUUUAGAUUUUAACAAUUCUGAUUCCAAUUCCGAUUCUUCCUUUUGAUUCCGGUUCUUAUCGAUUCUCGAUUCCGAUUCUUUGAGUGGUGGAGUUGAAACGGGUCACAUGCUUAUUUCACAAAUAAGAGGAAAGUUUUAUUUUGAUUCAAAGGUGGGUUGCAGUUUGACGGGGCUUUUUCAAUGUAAAAUAAAGCCACACUAGAGCACCGCUUACUGUGCUCCAUGGCUGCAACACAACAAGCACCUGGCCGCUACAGAAACCAAAACUUGCGCAUGUUAAAUUUGGAACCCAUGAUCAGAUUUGAAACCCAAUCCUCCAAAACGAUUCCAAUAAAGAAACAAUUCCGAUGGAAUCGUAAUUUUUAACUAUUCCAAGUAGGAAUUGGUUCUUGAUGCCCAACCCUAUUAAAGGUGCACUUUUAAAGUGCAGUUGCCAAAGUUGUUUUUAUAAUGUUACUGUAUGUGAGCAUGUUCUUUUCUCACAGUAAACAUUUUGAAAAUGUUUUAGAUCCAUUACUCUCAAUACUACAAAAGUGUAAUAAAUACUGAUUACUA